UUGACACAAAAUUGGGACAAAUAAAGGCGACGCCAGGUAAACAACUGAAGCCCAGCCCAACCCUGCGUCAAAUCACCUUGAAAAACGACAAAGGACUAAAGGUAGGCGACAUUUUAUAGGCAACAAGUCGUAAAUCUUAGAUUGCAGACCGGCUGAAGCUUGAGCAUGGCGCGUCGCAAGGACAAGCCGCGCCUGAUACCCGAGCAGGACAAGCGCAUCUGUCGCGCCAUUUGCCUCUGCCAGCUGACCAUGGUGCUGUCCUGCGUCUCCAUUGUCUAUCUCAGCGUGGCCAUAUACUCGCCCUCCCUCAAAGCCUUCAAGUCGGGCUUCGAGCUGGAUCCGGUCAUGUGCCAGACUGUCGACCGUCAGAUGCCCAACAAUUGCCCCUGGGCCUCGUGCGGCGAAUGGUGUCUGACCCGCACCAGCGGCUUCUGUCCGCAAAUCCAUUCGAUAGUGCGACGCAACGGCACCGAUAUACAGCUCAACAACUGCACCCGGGUGACCAACACCUCCUGCGCCAUGAUUGACCUGAAUCGCCUGAACAAGUUUAACUGCAACAAUGGCACCGUUUGCAACAACAUUCGCGGCGUCUUCAACUGCUCGAAUGGCCACUGCAAGAACAUGUCCGAGUUCUUUUUGUGCCAUCACAAGCCGGAUGGGCCUGUCAUCAACUCGGCCAAGGAUAACACCAAGCUGAAUGGCUUCUUCGAAUGCCACGGCGUGCACUGCACCAAGAUCAAGCGACCCUUCAGCUGCGAUCGCUACUGUUCCCGCAUAACCACCGCCAACAUCAACACGCUCAUCAUGCACGAGGACAAUGUUAUUGCGGCGGACUGCGAGAACGCGGUGGCCUUCAAUGAGGCGCGCGGCAAGGAGCACGGCGUACGCAUCGAACCCACGGAAUUCUGGAAGGAGGACGACGGCAACCUGUUGACCAACUGUGCCACAGUUACACGCGAAUCGGACAAUCGCAUCACCGCCACGGAUUGCCUGAAUGGGACUCUGCUGGAGCACGAUGCGCUGCCGGCGCCAUUCAUGAACUUCACACAGUUCUGGGCCAUCUAUGAUAAUAGCACGCAUGCCGUCGAUCCGGAGCAAAAGUUUCUGCCCAACCAGGCCAAUCUGACCAUCUACAGCUGGAAGAAGCUGUUCAUCAAUCUCGAGGGCUGCGUCAACACGCUGCGCGGCGAGUGCAAGGACUUCGUGGCGCGCUAUGGCAACGAUGGCGACAACAACACGGCCCAGUCACGCUAUCAAUGCUACUACAACAAGGAUACAAAUGUGGAAUUUGUGGUCGCACGCUACGAUCUGGAUAAGGUGUAUCGCGAGUUGGUCGUCUCGCUGAUUGUGCCCAUUGUGCUGUUUGUCAUUUCCUCCAUAUCGUUGUGCGUCAUUACCAAGUCCGUCAAGGUGGGCGACGAUGCCAAGAUGCGUUGUGUCUGCGCUGGCGAUGAUUCGGAUGAUGAUGGCUUUGGCAAUGCAGCUGCUGCCAAGCAACCGGAACAGGUCUAUGAUACGGACGACGAUGUGGUCGACCUGGAGCAGCAGGCUGUCGAGCUGGAUGUGGCAGCGGAGCCAGCACAUCCAUUCGAUACGCAGGAAAUGAUUGGCAGCACCAAGUCCUUAAUACCGCUGAGUCCCACCGAGCAGCAGUCGACGGAGGAUCAGGACGAGAAGGCCGCCAAGUGUGAUGUGCCCGAAAAGCCGCUGGUUAUACUCUAAACAAUGCCCAGGCUGGCCAAAAAUUUAGCUCAGGAUAUUUGCUUACAACUACACAAUUUAUAUAGAAACUCUACCAAAUCUUUAGGGACCUGUGCAGUGUACAAUGUUAACUGAACUUAUUUUUCGAACUCUGCGCUAUUUAUCUCUGCAUUUAUAGGACAUUUUUUAUGAUGUACAUUUACAAAGAUCAAAAUUAUUUUAGCCUUUCGCACUGGACACACAUCUCAGAUUGUCUCUUUCUCUUUUAAACAAGAAACUCAUAUGAAAGGCAACGAAAGUUGUUCAAUUUAACUCUCAAGAGCUUUACAAUUAACCUCUCAAAUGCGGGUUAUACGACCAGAUAGAGAAACCUAACUAUAAACAGAAAUAAUACAUACAUAUAUAUAUGUAUAUAUCAAGCCCCCCACCUUGGUUCAGCAGCUGUGCUUCGGCAUUGCAGAGUCAAUUGCAUUUAGACAAGAAUUUAUACAAAUUCCAGGGUAUAUAGAAAGAAGUUGAACGACGAUUAACUAGUCAGAACUCGCUUGUUACUCUGCUGGACCAAAGAACUAAUAGAUAAGCUCUUCGAAUCCCUGCAGAAGAUUCCUCAGAGGAGAACUAUGAGAUAAGCUCUUCGAAUCCUUGCAGGAGAACGGCACCAACAAUUUUGGGCAAAUGCAUUUAUUUAGCAAUAUGUACGAACGAAAUACGACAAAUCAAGAUCCUUCAGUAGAUAAAUAUAUAUACAUAUAUAUAGAGGCAUGCGACUUUGCCUUUUUUUUCGAUUUACGAUUUACGAUUUAGUAGCCUAUGCCAAUAUACAAAAGAAUACUUGGAGACAA